AUCAAGUUCAAGGACGCUGUUGGCCGCAAAUUCAGCUUCCCGUGGAACCUGUGUAAAACAUGGAAGGGUAUGGAGGAGCUCAUCAAGCAAGCUUUCCUGCACGUCGACAUCAUCGGUCCUCACGUGCAUCAAGGCCACUACGACCUUGUUGGUCCUGACGGCGAGAUCAUCUUGCCUCAGGUCUGGGAAACAAUGAUCCAGCCAGACUGGGCCAUAACCAUGCACAUGUGGCCCAUGCCCGAACCAGCCAAGGAGGAGGUAGUUCCAAUACCACCGCCGCCGCUGGAUGCCCAGCAUUUCAUGGCCACACAUCCGCACGCUGGGAUGCAACGCCCGAAGAUGAAGACGGGAAAAAGCAGUAAGCACAAGACCUCUAAGGUCCUCCCUGAUCCGAUGGUUGUGAACGUUCCUUCACGUCCACCCCCUCCUGGUGUUUCUGGCGGGCCCCCACCACCUCCCCCUAUCCCUGGUGUUCCAGCGGCCAUUGAGAUUUUGUCUCCGCUAUCAAGCAGUGGAUCCUCGCACAAGCCCAAGAAGAAGCCCGCGCCUGGUGGCUUCUUCGCCUGGGCGGCUGGCGGCAACGGUCGCUCUGGGCCCGUCAAAAAGAGCAGCAAGAAGGCGUGA